UCAUAUACCAAGAGGGGGGCGACCUCGAUCGCCUGCUGCGUAGUCCCAUCUCCUGCCAACACCAUGUUCCUGCUCGCUGUCUCCUACGAGGAUUCAUCCAUCAUUGUCUUCGACCUGGCCUCGAGGGCGAUCUUGUCGGAUCUUCGAGUUACCAACAUGUUUGCAAAGAUCGCCUUCCUGAAGUUCGACUUGUUGAGAGACGCCAGGCUGGUCGUGGGCAUGGAGGACGGAGCGAUCCUUGUUUACUCCUCCUCCUCCUCCUCACACGACCGAUUCCUAAGAGAAUGGACGACUCGGCUGCUGCCCCGCCUCCCUUCGGUGGAACCGCUGGGAAGGGUAGAGCGAGCUGACUGGAGCAGCAGCGGAAAUUUCUUGCGAGCGUGCGGGGGAGGACAGGAGAAAGGGAGAAACGACGAGAUGGGGAGGGGAGAGGAGAAGGGGAGAGGGGAAAGUGGGAGCAGGAGGGACUGGCUGGCUGUUUGGCGGCUGCCGCAGGGAGAAGAAGCAGCUGUGCUGGUGUUGGCGCGCGCUAGUGGCUCGCAGAAGAUCUUUGAGGCAGCUGACUUCUACGCGUUGAGAAAGGUGAUGGAGAUGAAGUGGUAUGUUCUCUUGGCAGCCGGGAAUCUUUCUGUUCCCCCAUGCUCCAUUAUCCAGUUUCAGGUUGUCCUUGUUGAGUUCAGUUCCACCGAUGGAGAUUGUGGGGCGUUUGCAAACAGUGGGGGAUCAAUCUUUCUCCUGCGGAAGCUCAAGAAGAACGAAGCCGCCAAAAGCAAGAAUGGGAGGAGAGAUGGGAAGAAGCUUUUGUUCGCAAGUUUCAUGCGCCCUCCCGGACAGAUGGUCUCGGGUGUAAUCAUGGGGAAGAAGGACCAGCUGUUUACAUGGAGCAAGCAAGAAGGAUGUAUCUUCCAGUGGACUAGGAGAUGACAAGUGAAGAAUGACGUCUCCACUUACACGCACAAUCGCAUUCACAAUCUGUCCAUCGAACUUUCAUUGUCGAUCGUUGAUGCUAGUUUACAAAGAGCACUUCGUCAUUCCUGCAUGCUC